GCCAUAGACUUCUGAGCAUGCAGCCAAUAGCAGCGUUGCUGAUCAAGGUUUCUACCAGAGCCUGUUUAAGACAUUAGACAUUCUCUGGAGAUACGUACAGUAAAGUGUCUCAACGUUUUAACAUCUUGAGACCUGAUGUAUUUAAAGAUCAAAGCUAUGUUGCAGUUCUAAUAGCUAUGAAAAUCCCCUACUGGCCAAUCAUACUUGAUCAUGGGCGGAGACUAGACAAAGAAGACACCUUAAGGCUCCAGAGAGACUACAUAGACUCAACCAGAGAGACUACAGAGAGAGACUCAACCAGAAACAGCAGUAACUAGACAGAGGAUCCACAAGAGAGAAACAAGCUUCCAGAGACUUGAUACAAGACAGGAUCCAGAGAGACCAGACAGAACAAAGAGAGAGCUGAGUUAUGGAGACACAUCAAUGUGCUACAUGUGGGAAAAGCCUUUCCUCAUCCAGUAACCUCAAGAAGCACAUGAUGAUCCACACUGGAGAGAAGCCCUACAGCUGUGACCACUGUGGUAAAACCUUUAGCCAGGCUAGCCAUUUCAGAAUUCAUAGAAGGAUCCACACUGGAGAGAAGCCCUACAGCUGUGACCUCUGUGGUAAAACCUUUACCCAUGCUAGCAGUUUGACAGUUCACAGCAGGAUCCACACUGGAGAGAAGCCCUACAGCUGUGACCUCUGUGGUAAAACCUUUAGCCACGCUUGCCAUUUCAGAACUCACCACAGGAUGCACACUGAGGAGAAGCCCUACAGAUGUGACCUAUGUGGUAAAACCUUUAGCAGCAAUAGAAAUUUUACAGAUCACUGCAGAAUCCACACUGGAGAGAAGCCCUACAGCUGUGACCUCUGUGGUAAAGCCUUUAGCCGGGCUAGCCAAUUCAGGACUCAUAGAAUGAUCCACACUGGAGAGAAGCCCUACUGCUGUGACCUUUGUGGUAAAACCUUUAGCCGUGGUAGCAGUUUGAUAGAUCACAGCAGGAUCCACACUGGAGAGAGGCCCUACAGCUGUGACCUCUGUGGUAAAACCUUUAACCACGCUGGCCAUUUCACAAUUCACCGCAGGAUCCACACUGGAGAGAAGCCCUACGUUUGUUACCUCUGUGGUAAAACCUUUAGCCAUUCUAGCAAUUUAACAGUUCACAGCAGGAUCCACACUGGAGAGAGGCCCUACAGCUGUGACCUCUGUGACUAUUCAGGUAAAACAAAUGACCAUCUGAAGAGUCAUCUGCAAGUUCACAAUAGAGAAACUCCAAAGCAGUGAUGUCUGGGUCCAAGCUGUCCCAGCAGUCACCACCUGAGAACUUCUGUAUGACCCACAGCUGGAAGAAUAACCGGCCUACAACUACAAAAUCCCAAUCCCUCUGCUGUUAGACUGCUAUCUCCCAUUUUGUCAUUUAACUUUUAUUGAUCUUUGACUAUUACAAACCUUGUCUAGGGGGAAAGGCCGUAACACUAGACAAACACACAAGACAGAACACGCAUAAAAACAGGGCGAGGGACAAAACAGCCUGUGUUUUGCACCUCUCUUUCAACAACUGUCUUUGGAAACCUCCAAAGUUUUCUUCUAUUUUUCAAAAAAAAAAUCCUUGUCUUCCUUGAGGGUUUAGGUUGGUUGAGGGGCAGUUCUACGAGCAUAUGUGAAGCCCUCUGUGACAUUGUUUG